AUGUCCGACGACUCGCUCAUAUCCUCCUCCUUCAUCGAACCCCUAGCACCCAGCAACUCCGAUGACUCGAUAACAGCAUCCACUUCUUUCAUCGAGCCUCCCGCGCCCACACUCUCCGAAGAUGAGGGCGUGGACUCGUUACCUUCGACAUCGGUGACCGAGUCAGAGAUCGAUGACGAGGAGCCCUCGGAUGCGGAUCGUGAGUGGAGGGAGUCGCUGCAGCAGAUUGAGCUGCUGCUGACGAUGGUGGUGGUGCCGUACUUGGGAAAAUAUUUUGGCAGGAAGUGCGCGUAUUGGGGAUGGGCGAAGUUCAUGGAAUGGAAAUACCCCGACGUUGAGGUCGUCUUCACGAGUCCGAGAACUUUCAAGGCUGCAGGCGCGAUAGAAGCAGCUGCAUCACUAUGA